AUGUUCCAAUCGAAAGGGAUCUAUGCGGGGCUGGAAGUGCGAUUCCUGGUGGCCUGCCUGGCGAUCCUGCUGCUCCUGAAUCCCGUCGAUGCCCGAUGGACCCGAAGACCGAGGCGCACCACCACCCUGAGGAGCACCACCAGUAGGAUAACUGUGAAUCCGGAUCGCCACCAGCACCUGCACCACUGGCCACCACUAGUGGCACCACCGGCACAGGCCCAACCACAGCCCCAAGUGGUUGUGGUGCAAAAACCCACUCACACAGAGACCAGUCCCCGACUGAUUGACAGCUUCGACCAGAGAUCAGUCGAUGGGCAGUACGAGUUCAGAUAUCAGCUGGACAACGGAAACACCCGCUAUGAACGCGCCUACUGGCUGCCCGUUGGUAAGGAGCUUGUCUUGGCCAAGAAGGGAUACUACUCGGUCCCCCUGCCCAACGACAAAUACUCGACCGUAUUCUAUACGGCCGAUCAUCGUGGCUACCAUGUGGACAUGCAGACAUUAUCCGGAGAGCAGCCGCUGUUACCGCGCAGCCUCGAAGUGCCCGAGAUGGAGGGGCAAAAGGGACCGGGAUCAGGAAUGGGAACAGGAUCUGAAAUGGGUACGGGUGCGGGGACUAAGCGAAAUUCAAUAAGCGACCCGGAGCGUAACGAGCUGGAUAUGGAAGUGGAUGAGGAUGAGGAUGUGGACGCAAGUGGAGCUGGCACCGAGCUGGUUUCUAAUGCUGUAAACCAAGUCGAAACCGAAACCGAACCAUCAACUUUGGCCAACGACAUUUUGGCAACUGAAGCACCAGCCGACAUCCACGACGAUGAUGAUGACGACGAUGUUGAUGUUGAUGAUGAUGAAGGCGCCUCCAACUGA